AUGUUAAUUAAAGUAAAAACUUUAACCGGUAAAGAAAUUGAAAUCGAUAUCGAUCCAACAGAUAAGAUUCAACGUAUUAAAGAAAGAGUUGAAGAAAAAGAAGGUAUCCCACCAUCACAACAAAGACUUAUUUUUGGUGGUAAACAAAUGGGUGACGACAAGCCUGCUUCAGAAUAUUCAAUUGAAGGUGGUUCAGUUCUUCAUUUAGUUUUGGCUUUACGUGGUGGUCUUUAA